AGGAUGAGUGGAAGAGUUAACCAGAGUAUGAAUAUUCUUAAUCUUUCAUGGCUUUUUCUGGUACACGAGCUCCCAACAACAACGAUGUUAAUUUUAUAACUCCCAUGCACUCAGCUAUUGCUCCCGAGCGAAAUUUGAUUGGCUGAUUGAUUGAUUGAUUAGUAACUUUAUUGUUGUAGCAGUGUAUAAAUCAAUUACUGUAUGAUAUUCUCUUGAAUGUAUGGAAUCUUAUCUCUUACAUAAAAAGUAUUGAAAGAUGAGAGAUGCGGCACGACGGUAAGUUUAGUGUUUUACUAAAAGGACAUUUUGCUGUUAGGGAGUUAUAAGACAACAAAACACGUGCGCUACUAUCAGCUGAUAGUGGAGGAGGGUCAUCAUAUAUAAAAUAACCCAUUAAAAAGUUAUCAAAUGUCAAAACACCCCAAAUGAGCAGUGCAAACGAACAAAUGGCUGUGAGUGAAGUAGAAGCCAGGGUCGAGACAGAAGAUCGGAAAAAGCGGGGCAAAGUUUAUGGCGGGAAAACCUGAGAUCGAGAAGCAGAAGGCACUGAUGGAGGCGAGGGAUGGUGAGCAGGCCAAGGCACCCAAAAAACCACCCAAACAACGGCGUCAGGGAAAGUCAGGCAACGGGGCGCGGACACAGAACACAGCAAGUCAUGAUGAGGAGCUUGCCGCCCAGCUGGCCAAGAUAGAGAGGGAGCUGCGGCGCAAGGAACGGAAAUUUGAGAAAUACAAUAAGGUACUGAAGGCUAAGGAACAUGUCCGCAACACUCUCCGCCAGCACAGUGCCGCCAGCGAGGGCCGUGACAGAGCCAGCACAGACACCCCAGCACAGAACACACCCCCCCGCCCCACCAAGCCGUGCUCCUCUCGCAGUGUCACAUUCAGCACCAAGUCGCCUGAGGUGCAGUACAUCACCACACGCUGCCACACGCCCACCGACAGGGACCAGGGCACCACACCGCCACCACCACACGCCAAGGAGGAGGCUGUGAGGAGUUCUGAGGUUCCUGCAGGGUCUUGUGAAGGUGCUGUGGGUGUAUCUGUCGAUGUCCCAGUGAAGGAAGGAUCUGGUUUGAAAGGAAGAGUAAAGGAGAGAGAAAGCAAGUUUCUGUAG